AUGUCUAUGUCGAGGAGUUCCACAAAGCCUGGGUUGAUUUUCAACAUCUUGAGUGACGGAAAAUGGACUGAAAAUAACACACCACUUUCUCAUGCUGUGAAUUUCCUUGAACAAUAUUUAACAACAAUCCAUAAAGUAACUACAAGCUUACUCUCAAGAUUUAUGCAGAGUCCUACCAAGACACAUUUUGCUGCAGCAAAGAGGGUACUUAGAUAUGUUAAGGGUACUACUCAAUUCGGAAUAUGGUACAAGCCAAGUGAAAAUGAAAGUUUGUUAGGCUAUGUUGAUAGUGAUUGGGCUGGAAAUAUACAUGACAUGAAGAGUACUACAGGCUAUGCUUUUUCUUUAGGCUCUGGCAUGUUCUCAUGGAACUCGAGGAAACAAGAAAUUGUAGCUCAAUCCACGGCUGAACUGGAAGCAACUGUGCUUUAUGGUGAUAGUAAAUCAGCAAUUGCUAUUGCUGAAAAUCCAGUUCAACAUGGAAAAACCAAGCAUAUUCAAGUGAAGUACCAUGCCAUACGUGAGGCUGUUAAAAAUCAAGAGAUCAAGCUUAUUCAUCGUUGUUCCGACUCUCAAGUUUCUGAUAUAUUGACUAAAUCUCUUCCAAGAGCUAAGUUUGAAAAGUUUCGAGAAUUGCUUGGAGUGUCCAUCCAAAAUCUCAAGGAAGAGUGUUGA